GGCCUUCUCCAACUUUUAGACUAAGUGCUUACACAAAGACGUACAUACUACAGAAAUUCCAACCCAGUGAAACCGUUUUCCGCAGUCUUGUGGUUCUCAGAAAUAGAAAAAGGACAUGAAUACAACAUCAUCCUCAUCAGCAGAGAAACCACUUUCAAUUCCACUUCCCGACCUCAUCGCCUCUCUAGAUCAAGCUACUUUCAUGGCGAAACAACUUCCGAUCACCACUGACCCCAACCAUCUCCUCCAAAUCUACUCCUCCCUCCACCACGCCCACAACCUCCUCUCUUCUUUCCUUUCCAAAACCCAAUUCCCUCCCUUUCCCCCUGCCCCAGCUGAGAACUCUGGUUCCUCUGCCACUGCUGGUGCCGGUGAGAACGGCGAAGAGCCGAUGCAAAUUGGAGGCGAUGAGGAGGCAGCUGAGGACAAUUCCAAGACUUCCAUUGAUAAAGUAGAAGAAAGGAUGAGAGAUGUAUUUAUUAGGAAUAAGAGACCUAAGCGGCCGCUUUCGCCAUCAUCGGCGGCUGUUAGGGAGAGGAAGGUAUGCGAAGAUGGGUAUGUUGUGGGAAUGAAGAAUUUUGAUCCUCACGAGACCAAGUCGCGAGCUUUAGAACUUGUGUAUCAAUUUCAUGGAUGAACAUAUCAAUUUGAUUUGCAGACAUGUAUUGGGGACUACAAAUCCUUCACAAAUGUGUGUCAGUAUCAUAUUCAAUAUUUCAAUUCGAGACUCCCAUCUCCACCCACUGUAACUUAUGAAUGAAUUCAUGUAUUCGACU